AUGUCAGCCGAAGCCGCCGAGAGCCCCGGCGCGGCCGCCGAGAGGCUCAAGCGCAAUGACUCGCUCUACGGCGACGCCGAGAAGGUCUCCAACGACAAGUACCACGGCUCCGGGGGCAGCUGGGCGCGGACGCUGAUGCUGGCGUUCCAGAGCAUCGGCGUCGUGUACGGCGACAUCGGGACGUCGCCGCUGUACGUGUACUCGAGCACGUUCCCGGACGGCAUCCGCCACCCCGACGACCUCCUCGGCGUGCUCUCGCUCAUCCUCUACACCCUCAUCCUCAUCCCCAUGCUCAAGUACGUCUUCGUCGUCCUCCACGCCAACGACGACGGCGACGGAGGAACGUUUGCGCUGUACUCGCUGAUUUCGCGGUACGCCAAGAUCAGGAUGAUCCCGGACCAGCAGACCGAGGACACGACCCUGUCCAACUACAGCGUCGACACGCGGCUGCGGAGGGCGCAGUGGCUCAAGGAGAAGCUCGAGUCCAGCAACGCGGCCAAGAUCGGGCUUUUCACCAUCACCAUCCUCGGCACCUCCAUGGUCAUGGGCGACGGAACCUUGACGCCAGCCAUCUCUGUGCUCUCGGCAGUGAGUGGGAUCAGGGAGAAAGCGCCCAACUUGACACAAUUGCAAGUGGUGUGGAUCUCGGUAGCCAUCCUGUUCGUGCUCUUCUCGGUGCAGCGCUUCGGCACCGACAAGGUCGGCUACUCCUUCGCGCCCAUCAUCUCGGUGUGGUUCCUCCUCAUCGCCGGCACCGGGAUGUACAACCUCGCCGUGCACGACGCCACCAUCCUCCGGGCCUUCAACCCGAUGUACAUCGUCCAGUACUUCAGCAGGAACGGCAAGGAGGCCUGGGUCUCGCUUGGGGGCGUCAUCCUCUGCAUCACAGGCGCGGAGGCCAUGUUUGCGGAUCUCGGCCAUUUCAACAUCAGGGCCAUUCAGAUCAGCUUCACCUGUAUCCUCUUCCCCUCCGUUGCACUAUGCUACAUGGGUCAGGCGGCCUAUCUGCGCAGAUUUCCCGAGAACGUCGCCGACACCUUCUUCAAGUCCAUCCCAGAGCCGAUGUUCUGGCCGGUGUUCGUGGUGGCGAUCAUGGCGGCCAUCAUCGCGAGCCAGGCCAUGCUGUCCGGCGCGUUCGCCAUCCUGUCCAAGGCGCUGUCGCUGGGCUGCUUCCCGCGGGUGGAGGUGGUGCACACCUCCAGCAAGUACGAGGGCCAGGUAUACCUGCCGGAGGUGAACUUCCUGAUCGGCGCCGCCAGCGUGGCCGUCACGAUGGGGUUCCAGACGACGGCCAACAUCGGCAACGCGUACGGCAUCUGCGUGGUGACGGUGUUCUCCAUCACGACGCACCUGAUGGCGGUGGUGAUGCUGCUGGUGUGGCGGACGCCGGCGGCGCUGGUGGCCGCGUUCUACGUCGUGUUCGGCCUCGCCGAGUUCGUGUACCUGUCGUCCAUCCUGUCCAAGUUCGCCGACGGCGGGUACCUGCCCUUCUGCUUCUCGCUGGUGCUCAUGGGGCUCAUGGCGGCGUGGCACUACGUCCACGUCCUGCGCUACUGGCACGAGGUGGACCGCGCGGUGCCCGCGGCGGAGCUGGGCGCGGUGCUGGCGCGGCGCGACGUGCGCCGGGUGCGCGGCGUGGGCCUGCUCUACUCGGAGCUCGUGCAGGGGAUCCCGCCCGUGUUCCAGAUCCUGGUGGACAAGAUCCCCUCCGUGCACGCCGUCUUCGUCUUCGUGUCCAUCAAGCACCUCCCCGUCCCGCGCGUGGCGGCGCCGGAGCGCCUCAUCCUCCGCCGCGUCGGCCCCGUCAACCACCGCGUGUUCCGCUGCGUCGCGCGGUACGGCUACACGGACACCAUGGAGGGCCACAGGGAAUUCGCCGCGUUCCUCCUCGACCGCCUCAAGGUGUUCGUCCGGGAGGAGGCCACCUUCGGCGACGGCGUCGGCAGCCACAGCGGCCGCGCGCAGACGGCGGCGGCGGCGGUCGAGCAGGAGCAGCGGUUCAUCGACGCGGAGGCGGCGCGCGGGGUGGUGUACCUGAUGGGGGAGGCCACGGUGACGGCGGCGGCGGGGUCGUCGUGGGCGAAGCGGGUGGUGGUGAACAACGUGUACGGGUUCCUCCGGAAGAACCUCCGGGAGAGCCACAAGGCGCUGUCCAUCCCCAAGGACCAGCUGCUCAGGGUCGGCGUCACCUACGAGAUCUGAGCCGGUCUCUUCUCAAUUCCUAGGGCUUGUUUUCCUGUGCUAGCUCCUCCUUGUUCUAAUGGCGUGCUUCUAGCAGUUGGAGUGACUGUUCAUUAAUCUCUUGUGCACAAUGUAUUUGCAUGGGUAGUAACUAGUAAUAGUUGUCUCUGUUGCAAAUUGCCAAGCUCCAUUCCAUAUUUCCAUCUGCAGUGCACCAGCCGGCCAUUCAUUCAGUGCUCACAGAUCACAACAGCCAAUUAGACAUGGAGAGAAAUGCAUGGUAAACACAAAAAUCACUGCAGAAACUGGCAUUCCUUUCUGGUAAACUGUACUCCAUUCACGCACAGAGGCUUCAUUCAUGCGGUCCCUUUCAGUAGUUGUCCUGCAGAAACUGUAAAUAUAUCUGCUCCUUGUCCUUUCUCUUGUCUGUUAAUAUUCUGAAGGAUGCAGGCCUCAGCUGAAACUGUAGAGACA